CCUUAGGCUGAAAGGCAGGAGCGGAGGAAAGGUUGAGCCAGGCUCCAUUUUGAACGCGCUUAAAGCCGCGUAACCUGACUGUUUAAAAUACAGGCCGUCAGUCGGGCUUAAGUACGUUUGAGUCCAGCGAGCCGCCUACAGCAUAUCGCUCAACUACGUUUAACUGGGGCGCCCAGAAUUCAACGACGGACUUUUAAGGGGAGGCUCUAGAUUUUAAUCUUUUGGCAGAGAAAGUUAGGGAAGUUUGAUCCACUCUGAAGGUUUUCGGGAUUGCAAGUUGUUAGAGACGAGUGAAGGGUCCGGACGAGUUGCUGCUCAUGGAAAGGCAGUAGCCGCUAUAAAGCUGUUUUCCGUAAAUGAGAGGAAUUGCUGGUUCCCCCAAAUCCACGUGUUUGCGCCCAUUGCCAUACCAUCACAUGCGCAGUGAUUUUCCAGUUUUAUCAGGAACAGCCUCUAUAUUCAGCUGCCUUUCCCGGGCAAGUCAGCAUUGCUAUUUCGUCGGUUAGGAAAUCGAUGAGUGUUACACACUUUAAAAAGUAUUUAUUUAUAAAAGUUAUUUUCCCUGGAUGCCAGUAUAACGGAGCACCACGCUACAUUAACAGGCUUGAGAAAAAAGGCAGAUUUUUAUUAGUGUGCAUUCGCGAACCUUCAGGGCACUUUGAGUGCGGAUAAUUCUCUGAAGUGGAGGGAAAAGAUCCAUUGUAACUAAUUACACCACGAACUUCAAUAGUGCAGUCCUACCUAUGUUUGCUGAGAUCUUCAGCAAGCAGGAAAUAUGACUGAGUGGCAGAGGAAAUCGCCUUUGGAAUGGCUGACAUAUGUGAAUAAAGAAGUCAACAUUCUGGCUGCUGAGAAACAUAAGUAUAAAGGAUGGGUUUUAACAGUUGAUCCAGUGUCUGCCAACAUUCUUCUUGCAAAUCUCCUUGAGAAUGGAAACGUGUCUAUUUCAGGCAUCUUGGGGCAUGCAGUACAAGAUGUGGAAAUAGUGUCUGAAUCAACCGAUGCUGUGAAAGAGCAGCUUGCCCACCUCUUCAUGCCUGGAGAAAGCCAAACUUACAGUCAAGAGGAGCUGGAGGAAAAGAAAAACAGCUUGAAGAACUGGUUGGAGAAAAACCAUAUUCCUGUAAAGGAGGAAGGAGAGUCACAGAGAACACUAUGUGUUGCAGGGGUGUUAACGAUUAACCCACCUUAUGGACCAGAAGACUGCAACAGUUCCAAUGAAAUCAUUUUGUCUAGAGUCCAAGGGUUAAUACAAAGCUACCUUGCUCUUCAGCAGUGACUGAUGUAGUUCAAGUAUUUGGAAGAUGUUACUUGCAAAACCUAUGCCACCCUGAUGCUCUCUAGAUAUUUUGGACUACAAUUCCUAUCUGCCCCAGCUGGCUGGCUGGGGCUGUUGGGAUCUAUAGUCCAAAAUGUUUAGAGGGCAUCAGGUUGCAGAAGGCUGAGCUAUAAAAUAUCUGUUGAAUUUCCCCCUCAGGUUAGGCUUUUUGCAUUCCUAAGUGUCGGCAGAAAGUAUAUAUAGCUGACAGUCAAGAUGGAACUGUUUCUAGAUUACAUGCAUGUUUUGUGCAGAAAGACAAGUGUAACAACUGUACUGUUUUUAUAUAUUUUUAUAUGAAAAUAAGUGUUGAAGUUCUCGUCUCCCCCGCCCUCCUUUUGGGAUCCUGGGCAUGUCCCUUUAUAUAAAAUUAGUAGUUGUGAAGGCUCAAUUCUCUGAAUAGUCAUGCUGAUAUAAAAUAGCGAAGGCCUCUGUAAAGUACAGUUCAUAAUCAAUAAGCAGAAGGAUUACAAUGGCAAGGACAUUAAGAUAUAUAUACUUUAAUAUCUAGCUUGGGCUUUCAUAAACUGAAAACUCCUAAAAUUGAUAUACUCAUUUUUUGUUCCCCUCUGAAUGCCUUUGCAUUCCCUGAAAAGUGUUCAGGGUAAGACAGUCUUUUUGGAAUAUGAUAUGGCAAGAGAUCCCUCUGGUAUAGUACUAAUUAUGAACAUGAAGCCCAUGCACAUGCAAGUAACAUAGCUGAAGGCUGCUCCUAACUGUUACAGGGCAUGAGGGAAGAUCUACUACACAAACCUGUAUAGCAGAAUUUUCACCUGGUAACACAUUCAUGGGGCAGUUCAACUAAUGUAGUUGCAUAGAUGUAUGUAGGACAUUAUUUACCAGAGUUAAUCUCCACAUCAGAACUAGACAGGCAUUUGACUUUUGUUGUUUCGGUGAGAGGUCAAUAUUCACUUACCAGCUUGGCCAUUUGAAACUUGCUUUGACAGGAAUUUCAGUGUACUCAGAAAGACAGAAUACCUCAGAAGAGUUAAAUAAGGGAGUUAGGAUUAAGCAGUGAGAGGUUUGUCUGGAGAAAAAGGCUUGUAACCGUGAAGAAUGUAAUUUGCUCAGUAACUUGUUAUUCUGCCAUGCUGCUUUUUCUCCUUUUGUGGAACCUCUUUCCUGCUUUUGCAGACUACUUAGUGGGAGGAGAGGUGUAGUUUACGACCUUUUGUUUUGGUCAAUGCCCAAGCUUUUACUUGAAAUCUAGUCUGUAAAUAAAGAUAGAUUCACACAA